AUGGGGCUCCUGUCUCAGGACUGCAUCCGGGGCCUGCGUCCCGGCAUCCUGGCGCCGCUGUCUCUGGAACACGGGCGGCAGCUGCCUGGCAGUGUGGCCCAGGCAGGUGAGGCGCCUGGCGACCAACUGGCAGGUUCCUGGAAGCCAGCUGCGUCCGAGCAAUCGAGCGUCAACAGCGCGAGGGGGUUGGCUGCGAGGCUCCGCCCCCGGCCUCCCGCCCGCCCUGUUGCCCAGCCGCCCCAGGUGGGCCAGAAGAGCUGGCGAGAGGGUAGCCUGGCUCCGCCCCAGGAGGCUGGCGGCCGUGGGACACGUGGCCACGCGAGUGGCCAGCCGGGCUCCCGGGAGGCCGGGCCUCCGCGCUUCCUGCCUGCGGAGAUGAGUAAUGCCUCCUGGAACCUGGGCACAGCCGUCUCCUUGAUCUCAACCACCUGGCAGCAGCUCAGCCUCCCUCUGGCCACAUCCGCUGGGCCCACCGGGCCCCAGAUGGACCAAGUAGGGAACAGCUCCCAGGGAACCCCCAGGAUCUUCCUCACUACCUCGCUAGCCCGAGGCAUCUCUGGCAUCUUUGUGUGGGCUGCCCUGGUGCUCACCUGCCACCAGAUCUACCUGCACCUGCGCUCCUACACUGUCCCCAACGAGCAGAGGUACAUCAUCCGCCUGCUCUUCAUCGUCCCCAUCUACGCCUUCGACUCCUGGCUCAGCCUCCUCCUCCUGGGGGACCGUCAAUACUACGUCUACUUUGACUCAGUGAGAGACUGUUAUGAAGCCUUUGUCAUCUACAGCUUCCUGAGCCUCUGCUUCCAGUACCUGGGUGGAGAGAGUGCCAUCAUGGCUGAGCUUCGGGGGAAACCUGUCCAAUCCAGCUGCUUGUACAGUACCUGCUGCCUGCAGGGCAUGUCCUACUCCAUCGGGUUCCUGCGCUUCUGCAAACAGGCGACCCUGCAGUUCUGCAUCGUCAAGCCUGCCAUGGCCGCUCUCACCAUCAUCCUGCAGGCUUUCGGCAAAUACCAUGAUGGGGACUUCAGCGUCCACAGCGGCUACCUGUACAUCACACUGGUGUACAACCUAUCGGUCAGCCUGGCCCUCUAUGCGCUCGUCCUCUUCUAUGCGGCCACCCGCCAGCUGCUACAGCCCUUUGAGCCAGUACUCAAGUUCCUCACCAUCAAGGCUGUCAUCUUCCUGUCCUUCUGGCAAGGGCUGCUGCUGGCCAUCUUGGAGAAGUGUGAGGUCAUUCCCGAGGCGCAGACCAUUGAUGGAAGCAGGGUAGGUGCAGGCACGGUGGCCGCUGGCUACCAAAACUUCAUCAUCUGCAUCGAGAUGUUCUUUGCCUCCGUGGCGCUGCGCUGUGCCUUCACCUGCCAGGUGUAUGCGGAGAAGGAGGAGCACUCUCCAGCACCUCCAGCUCCCAUGCUGAGCAUCUCGAGCGGCCUCAAGGAGACCAUGAGCCCCCAGGACAUCGUGCAGGAUGCCAUCCACAACUUCUCACCCGCCUACCAGCAAUACACCCAGCAAGCCACGCAGGAGGUCCCGGGGCCUGGCCCCCACACUGGGCUGGCCAGUGGGGGCGGGAGGGGUCGCAGCCUGGAGGAGAGGAUGCUGAUCGUGGACGACGAAUUGUAG